AAGUGAAACUGAUGGCAAGUUCAAAAUUCAGUUUCUGUUUUCUAGUUUCUUUAGCAACCUAUGGCAUAAGUUGCUGCCUAAGCCUGGGUGAUGUUUGCCAACCAAAAGAACACGCAGCAUUAUUUGUAUUUGGAGAUUCAUUAUUUGACGUUGGAAACAACAAUUACAUAAAUACUACUACUGAUAAUCAGGCAAAUUACUCUCCAUAUGGGGAAACCUUCUUCAAGUAUCCAACAGGCAGAUUUUCUGAUGGUCGUGUUCUUCCAGAUUUCAUAGCUGAGUAUGCUAACUUGCCUCUAAUCCCACCCUAUCUAUUCCCUGGUAAUCAUCGAUAUGUUGAUGGAGUCAAUUUUGCAUCAGCUGGAGCUACGGCUUUGGUUCAAACCCAUCAAGGACUGGCGAUAGAUCUAAAAACUCAGCUCAGUUAUUUCAGGAAAGUCAGCAAGGAAUUGAGGCAGCAACUUGGAAAUGCAGAAACCAAAGCUCUGCUUGCGAAAGCUGUUUACUUAAUCAACAUUGGAAUCAAUGAUUAUGAAAUUUCUUUGUCAAAAAAUUCAAGUAAUUCACGCACGGAUGAGAAACAUGUAGAGAUGGUAGUUGGUAAUCUUACAUCAGUGAUCAAGGGGAUACACGAGGCAGGAGGAAGGAAAUUUGGUGUUUUUAGCCUGCCAGCUGCGGGUUGUGUUCCAUUCGUGAAGAGUCUGGUGAAUGGAUCAAAAGGUUCUUGCGUGGAAGAAGCCUCAGCACUGCCUAAACUACACAACAGUGUGCUUUACCUUGAACUUGGCAAGUUAAAGAAAGAACUAAAAGGAUUUAAAUAUUCAUACGUGGAUUACUUUACCAUAACUUCUGAUGUUAUAAACAAUCCUUUCAAAUAUGGGUUGAAAGAAGGUGAUGUAGCAUGCUGUGGCAGUGGACCCCACAGAGGAUAUUACAGCUGCGGAGGUAGAAGAGAAGUGAAAGAUUACGAGUUAUGUGAGAAUCCAAAAGAUUACGUGUUCUUUGACUCUCUUCAUCCCACCCAAAGUGCUCAUCAGAUUGUUUCCCAGCUUGUCUGGAGCGGAAAUCAGAGUAUUGCAAGCCCCUACAAUUUCAGAUCACUCUUUCAACCAUAAUAAUCUUCUACUCUGUCUAUCCAACAUAUCAAAAAUAAUUUUAAUUUAAAUAAAUAAAUUAUUUCA